UUCAAGUCCAGUCAAUCCAGUGGUCUUCUUCGAUGUCAGCAUUGGCGGCCAGGAAGUUGGUCGCAUGAAGAUCGAGCUCUUUGCAGACGUGGUGCCUAAGACGGCAGAGAACUUUAGGCAAUUCUGCACCGGAGAGUUCAGAAAAGAUGGCGUUCCGAUAGGAUACAAAGGAAGCACCUUCCACAGGGUCAUAAAGGAUUUCAUGAUUCAGGGUGGAGAUUUUGUUAAUGGCGAUGGCACUGGAGUCGCCAGUAUUUACCGGGGUCCAUUUGCGGAUGAAAAUUUUAAACUUAGACACUCUCCUCCAGGCCUGCUUUCCAUGGCAAACAGUGGUCCCAGUACAAAUGGCUGCCAGUUCUUUAUCACGUGUUCUAAGCGUGAUUGGCUGGAUGGAAAGCAUGUAGUGUUUGGAAAAAUCAUUGACGGACUUCUAGUGAUGAGGAAGAUCGAGAAUGUUCCCACAGGCCCCAACAAUAAGCCCAAACUGCCAGUGGUGAUCUCACAGUGUGGGGAAAUGUAAUCUAGACAAGACGGAACCAGGUCCUCUGCUGUGUUGGUGUGACAUUCUCCCUCGAGUCUAACAAGCUGGACUGGCCUCUGUGUUUGCUUCCCUGU